GCUCGUGUUGGACGUGAUUUCGAGAAGUAGCCCCAAGUAGGCCGGAAUCCUUAUAAUUUUACCUCAGGUGUUGGAAGAAUUUCACCGGUGCGAAAAGUCAUCGAAAGGUGGGCGUCGUGUUGCUAACGAAAAUUUGUGUUGAUUUCUCGUCGUUAUUUAUUUCUGGCGAGCGCUGCUGGUGCCCAGGUCGUCUCAACUCCAGACGAAUGUGAUUGAUUUACGAGAGUCAAGUCGCGAAGUGGUUCUUCUGUGUGAAACGUUCAAUCAGUGCAGUGGGGCUGGGGAAAAGAAGAAAAAAAAAUAAUCCACAUCGAAAAAGCAAGACCCUGUUCUCACGUGCGUUCAAGUUGUCCAUCGUUUGGUGAAAGAUUUAGGAACGCCCCUUAUCGCGUGGUGUUCCUCGAAGCACGUCGUUUGUACUCGCCAGGAGCACGAAGAAAGUGCGCACCGUGGGUGCUGAUCCCUGUGGGAGGGUUCGAGAGGCGAAUUUUUUUCUUCUUCACCGUUCGCAUUAAUUGUGCGGUGCCAGUGGGCCAUCUAAAUAUUUUGAUCGGUGAAGUGUUUGAAAAGUACCGCUAAAUAUUGCCAAACAACUGUUGGCUGAGAAGUGUUGAAAUAUCAGGACCAGAUACUGACAUUACCCAUUUUUUCUUAUUUCAAGAGAAGAGAACAGUGCGCUUUAAUUAGUGGAAUGAAAUAGCUCUCGAGUUUGGCGUAAUUAAGAUUGAUAACGCAAUUAAUCCUGGGGGUAAAGUUCUGCGUAGUGCUGUGCAGUGAGUUGUUUCUGACAAAGUGUUUGCCGUUUGAGUGUCAGACUGGUUUCAGUUUAAGGUACCGAAAAUUUGGAGAAAGGUGGAAAGACGUUGCUGCAUUGUUGUGAAAUUAGAAACUGAAGAAAACCUUGACAGCAGCGCAUAAGUGCAUGUGAAUUGAAAGUAGCAGUUGUAUACAAGGAAAGCGGAAAUUUGAAAGAUUACGUCGCCAGGAUGAAGAUGUCAAAACUAUCCAAUCAAACCAAUUCGCAAGAUCCGCAGGCCGUCAACUCGCGAGUGUUUGUCGGCAACUUGAACACAUUUCAGUGCUCCAAAACGGACGUCGAGCGGAUGUUUCAGCGUUACGGACGAUUGGCAGGCAUUUCCAUGCACAAAGGAUACGCGUUCGUUCAGUUCACCAACCCGUUCGAUGCCCGAAACGCAUGUCACGGCGAGGACGGCCGAACCGUGCUAAGCCAGACACUGGAUGUCAAUAUGGUCGCCGAGCCGAAACCGCAUCAAACAGGACGUAAGCGACAGAACAAAACCAAAACUGGAAAUGAUUGGGAUUAUUAUUACGAUAGUUAUUACGCAUCGACACUUUUCGGCCCGAUCCAGCAGCAACCCAACUCCCCACCGAGGCCCCUGAAGCGACAGCGAUUGAUGGGUCCAAGCCGGCUGGCACUGACAGGUAAGCUGAAUGGUGCCGGUAUGAUGGCCGUGCCCCAGGGUCCACCCCAGCAGCAAGUACAGCACCCAACCCAGCAGCAGCUUCAGCUGGCCGCGGUAGCAGCAGCAACAAGUCCGUCGGCAGCGGCGGUUGCUGCUGCAGCUGCCGGCCUUGGUGGAUACUAUGGCAGCGCAAGCGGGGUGUUGACUGCCAACGGUCUCAGCAAUGGGUGCAUCUCUACCAAUGGGUACAUCAACAACAACAACAAUGGCUACGUGCUCAACGGUGAUGUCAACGGAACCAUGUCCAGCUACACCAACGGACAGCAUGUCGUUGGGCCGUUCAAGGUUUACAGUAACCCAGAUACACUAAUUUGCGGAAACUGUCGGGAAAUGUUUACGGAUUUGACGGAACUUCUGGACCACAAAAAGGCAUACUGCAAGCUGCGGUUUACCUGCAAGUGCUUUUCUCCUAUUGUCACCAAAAACAAAAACGUCCCUCCAUCGGCGAAGCUGCUCUGCGUAGCCUGCAAGGAUUCCUUCUCCAAUCCAUGGGAUUUGAUGGUUCACGCACAGGCGGCCCACAUGGUCAACAUUUACGAACUGGGUGAUUCGUCAGAUGAAGAUAAAUCGUCCUCGGUGAGUGCCAGCUCCGACUCACUCAGCCUGAUCCUGCCGCCCGGCCAACGUUUACCCAACGGUACCCCAAGCAGCAAUGGCAUCAACGGAGCUCAUCUCGUGGAACUGGAUCAAGAUGAUAAGGACAAAUCUUCCGAGCAGAACGAGCCGGACUCGGAUGCCGGUUGCUCGACCAACAUCGGUAGCAUCGGUUCGCAGGUUGCAUCGUCCACGCCCGAGGACACCCAUUCGGAGAACGGUGAUUCGAAAGUCAACGGUCACAUGGCGUCGGUAACGAUGACCGCCUGCAACGGCAGCGGCAGUAGCUCUCCGGUGGCAUCGAUUGCGACGGCCAAUGGCAGCAGUGGAGCAGGUGAUUCACAGCCAACGCGUGCCUGCAUUAUGACCGCACUGACCAUAGAUACCAAAUCGAAUACAGAUGCCACCGUCGCUCUCAAGAUGGUUACAUCCAGCCUGGGCAUUUCGCUGGCAAAUGGAACCAGCAUGUUACCCGUUACCCAGUAAGUCACUGCUAAAUUACGGAACUUGUAAAAAAAACAAUAACGCUCCCGCAAAAUUGUAACUCAGCUUCCGAAAGAAUCCGUGGGAGUAUUUUAACCUGGUAGAAGCUUGUAAUCUUGUAGCUAAGCGUAUAUAAUACCGACGUUGUAUCAUAGCAAAAUGUUUCAUUUAUUCUAUUCUUAGAGCAUAAGUUUAAAAAGUUAUAUUGUAUAACCCCGAAGGUAAACAAAAAACAACACAUCAACUGUUCUUCUAACGAGUAAAGGUAUUUGCUGCUAUCCGAAAAGGAAUGGCGAAUCGUAAAUUAAACGAUUUUUUUUAAUAAUAAGAAAAUAAGAGCUUAACUGUUGAUUUUGUUAAUUCUAGUGUUACCGUGCAGAAAAUUUUUGAAAUGUUUUGUUGGUUUUUUGGUAAUAGAUGAUAAAGUACCGUGGAGAUUUUACUAAAAGUACAGUAGUUAGGCAAGAAUAAAUAAUCAAACUAAAACUUUUGUUGUUAUCAGAUAAAUGACCAAAAUUCACAAAUCAAUAAAGUAAUUGAUCAGGUUAGGCAGGACCCCCAUGUACAUAUCACGGCAGUGAAUUAUAGUUUGAAUAGGAAAUAAAUCCUUCGAAGAGUAUUUGCCGAAGUUCCUCCAUUAAUUCCAAAUUGAUGCUAGGGUCUUCAGGCCAGUGUAAAUAAAAUCAGACAGUGAAACAUUGUGCUAUAAUUUAAUCCCCAUGACACGUAAAGAAAAAGGAAAAGAAACAACAUAAUCAAAAUCAAAUUGAAUGUCUAUCUAGCGGUUUAAAAAAGUUGCGUUUCCUUCUAAAAUCUCUAACCGCACAUGUACGACGAGAGUGUUUAUGCUUUGACAGCCGACAGCGAAAAUCAAUUUCCAGUGCUAAUGCCUGUCGUAGGAUCGGAAUCGUUCCGUUUUCAGAGCACGUGUUAAUUGAUUUUGAUUAGUGACACUCAAAUUGACACCGACACACACACACCCACACACAUAAAUGCAAAUGUACAUGGUUCAAUUAGGUUUCCGCUGGCAGGUGUCACUGUGGUGACUGGCCAUUCGAAUCAGUUAUAUCGGUGUUUUCUUAUCCUGGUUUCUUCGUCUGGCGUAGGUUCAAGCUAGCCGUUCCAUUCAAUAGCAGUUCUACUUAGAGCCAAGCUGCGAUUCGAUGAAAAAUUGAUGAACUCCCCCGCCCUCCAACGCAGCAAUCCAAUCCAGACAGGUUGUCAUUUAGCUACGCACCCACUAAUUGAAAGGGAAAAGUCAAACUAACCGAAUUAGGCUUUCAUUCAUUUUGAUGAGUUUCGUAGGCUGGCUAGGAUGCGGAGUGUUAGCCUUGGUGACACCUUGCUGGACUGUGACUGCCGUGUGUCCGGGUGCUGUUCCCUGCUAGUUUGUUUAUCAACGACUCGUAGGCAGUUGGGGGAGGUUAGCAGAUUUAGGAUGAUAAAAUCUACAUAUUUAUUGUGUUAAUGUAUAUUGUUAUGAGUUUGCGGUCGUCGUUCGCAGCCAAUGCCCAAUUAUCCCUUGACACUGAACCUAAACAACGACAUUGUAACUUUGUAGCCGGCGGUGCAUGAAAACAUGCGGCGAUGGGGUGGUCCUCAUUGAUUGAAUUGUUUCGUAGUUCUCGGUUGGAUUACCCGGUCAGGUGCUUUUCAGAUAGGCUUUUUGUCUUGAAACUUUUAAGCAUAACAUAUAAAUUAAAUUGAUGUAUUUUACCAGUUUUAAGCUAGUUCUCUACAUCAUUUUUUUGUUCUCUGGGCAAAAAAAAUCGUGCUAUUUUUUUUAAUAAGAACCAAUAUUUCUAUUUUGGAUCAAUGAAUAUUUAUGCACUAAUUAUCCACACUCUUAGAAAAAAUGAAAAUUACAUCCGACGUAAACAACUUAGCGACGUAUUUUUUCUGUCUGAUAAUAGAAUUUUAGAUGUUGUGAUAUGUAAAAUUAAAUAAUGUAACUCUUUUGAUGUAAACCUCAGACUGAAUGGCCCAGAAAAAGCCGAACAACUCACAUUUUUAUAUGUCAUUAAAUGUGAAUUUAUGUGAAUUGGGACGCUCCUUUUAUGUGCAUCUGGCAAGACGUAAAGUUACAAGAUAUUUUUUGCUGUGCACCUAAUUGAACAGUGGCGGAUCUAGGAGGAGGGUCCUGGGGGUCCGGACUCCCUCCGAAAUUUUUCAACUUGUUGAGAAAUUUUGAAUUAGUUUCAAUUUUAUUUUAGUUUCAAGCUUAACAUUAUUUUAAACCAAAUUACGGUUUUUACGCAUAACGUAUUGUAAAAUGUUCAUUCCAAAAUCAAAAUUUCGAACCACUCCAGAAUUUUUUUUCUGGAUCCGCUCAUGUAAUUGAAUAUUGCAAUGAAUGAGCUCUGCAUACUAGAUAGUAGAUACUCAAAGAACUUCUGAAAUUGGUUCAGGUAUCCAAUUUGGCCAUGAACGUUUUUUUUCUCCACCAAUCAUGUUAAUAUUAAUAUCAAAAGAAAUAGUUUUCAUAUUGGCAUUGUUCAUUAUAACUUUCAGGCUGCUUCCUUCAGGUCUAAUGAAACAAUUUCAAAUUGUUUACUCACAUAAAUAAUUUGGAGGAAACAAACAGUUUCUGGACUCAUAAUGAGGGGGACUUGAAGAUACUUGUUUAGUAUCUUCAAGUUUCUGUACAAGAAGUACUGAUGAUGAAAUGUGUAGUUCUGUGACCGAGUGUGAUUAGAGUAGCACAAAUUAAUCUUCAGCAUAAACGUCCAGCAACUAUGAAUCUAUCCUGCAGGAAGGAAAAGCUUCCAGUGCUUUGAUUCACCAACCUUAUUUCCAAAAAGAAAACUUCUAUAUUGGAAAGCUACUUAACUCCGUCUUAGUAGUUUUCAACAAAAAUGCUUUGACAAAUCCACGUGAAAUGCCUCGUGCAUGUAUACUUGCGAAUAGUGCCAUUGACGCAUGUCUUAUACCCGACCUCAAAACUCGCAAUAUUUGUGCUGUCACGGUCAGUAUGACUGUUGAAAACAUAAACAAGAAAUAAGUUCAUUGUUUGGCAUGUUUGCCGCAUAAUAAACCUUCUGAUGUUUUCAAAAGUGUUGUGUCAUAGUGUGGCAGGAAUGGGUUUCCCCCUUAUAAUUGGCGGUGAUAAAAAUGCCCACCACAUAAUUUGGGGCAGUUCAUAUACCAAUUUGAGCGGCCCCGAAGUAAUGGAAUACGAAAAUAGUAAAAAUCUGCACAUGCUUAAUGUAGGAAAUCGCUAAAGAUUUUUAUGAUCUGGCAGAGAAGAGGCGUUAGAUGUCACUCUCUACUAAGAUGAUAUUACGCACAAGUUGGCAAACUGGCUCGUAUCCAAUCAGCUCAAAUCAUCGUUAUCUAAUCAUGAUCCGAUUUCCUUCGUGUCUGCCACAUUCAACGAUGUGUUUGCGGGUUUCGAUUUCAACGUGUCAUCAAGAACCGGCUGUUAAGUAGUUUCUGACUUGAUAGAAAUUCAUUCAAAUACCAUUCGACUCAGUUCGUCAAGAUCGAAAAAUGUCUGUGUGUAAGUAUGUGUGUAUGUAUGUGUGUGUAUGUGCAGACAUGUCAACAAAACGUCCACAUCGGUUUCUCGGAGAUGGCUGAACCGAUUUUCACAAACUUAGUCGCCAAUGAAAGGUACAACGUUCGCAUCGGCUGAUAUUGAAUUUUAUUUUGAUCCGACAUUUGGUUCCGGAGAUACGAGUUGAAGAGUACGGUGACAUAGAAAAUCUUGUUAUAAUUUGUCCACAUCAGUUUCUCGCAUUUUCUGAACCGAUUAUCACAAACUUAGUCUUAAAUGAAAGGUACAACGUUUUCAUCGGCUGCUAUUGAAUUUUGUGUGGGUUUGACUACUAGUUCCGGAAUUAUAGGAUGAUGAGUACGAUCACGCAGAAAAUCCCGAUUUCAACGGAUAAUGCGAUGAAUGUAUAAAGGUGAAUUUUUUUCAAAAAUGCGACCAUAACUGCUUGGAUUUUUAGUUCUAGGUCACUACCAGUCAUUCAAAGUCCCUUUGACCACAUUGGCCACCAUCGCCGGAUCCGGCGGCCCAGGCGAAAGUAUCUAAACUUAGAAUUACAAUUACAUCGGUUUUUCGGAGAUAUCUAGACCGUUUGGACCAAACUUAAAUGAAAAAUUUUACUACCCCGUAAACUGCUAUUAAAUUUAAUUCUGAUCCAUCCUACGGUUCCGGUGUUGCGGGUUGUGGUAUGCGGUCACAUAGAAAAUUCCGAUUCAAAAUGAUACCUUGAUGAAGGCAAAAGGUAAAAAUUUCGCUAAAAUGAAUAUAUCUAUGUGUCAAAAAACUUGCAUUAGCAGUUCUAGGUCACUGACGGCCAACCGAAGUCUCGUCGACCGCAUUGACCAUCAUAUACAGUUCCGGAAGUACCCCAAAAGAAACGCCGACACCUAUAAAAAUUAACAAACUCACAUCAGUUUAUCGGAGAUAGUUGGGAUGAUCUUCACAAACUUAUUUCCAAAUGAAAGGUAUAUAAUCGCCAUAGAUGUCUAUAAAAUUGCGUACGGAUCGGUUAUAUGGUUCCGGAAAUAUAGACCAAACCUUCCGGUCACAUAUGAAAUUCCCACAUAAGCCGGAACCAUUUUUUUUCUUAAGGGGACCACAAGAAAUUUCAGAAAUCGUACCUUCGAUGCCAAAAAUCUCCAAAAUGCAUGAAACGACUGGAUUUUAUGUUUUGUCGAAAACAUUUUCGGCUACUAUUGAAUUUUAUGUCGAUCUGAAUCCAUUUACGGAGUUACAGCUUUAACCCUCAAAAAGGCAAAGGAUCUCAGAGGCUAGUUUCGAAUGUUUUCGGGGCUUCGUUUCUUUCCCUGAUAAAACGACAAAAAAGAGGCUUACGAUUUCGUUGAGUCUUAGAAGUGAUGCUUCUUGAAGUCACAAUUAUAGCUUGCCUUUUUAAGGGUUUAGAGUGCGACCACACAUAUAAACUGAUACCACUAUAACAGGCUAGAUCACUAAUGACACCCCAAAGUCACUUUGACACACCUAGAAAAAAUCGUGUAAAUUUACAUCUCCUGACCUUGACAUAUACGAGCAUAAAAAAAAAUUUGUUUGAUUUUAAUUUGACAUGACGUUGAAUUUCGUAAAUCACGUAAUUUUACUUUACAUAUAGCGUUUGUUCCGAAUGGCAGUAAGUUUAAUUUUAUGUCAUUGCGCAUGUAAUGUUUAUGUUUCAUGUAUAAUUAAACGGAGCAUGGUUACAUUUCGUCAUUUCGUGAAUUACGGUUUGUUUAAUUCUGUCAUGUUUGCAAUUACCUCAACGAUAAAAUUCAUAUUUUUGGUGUGCACCAUAGAAGUAGGAACUGAAUAGGAAAAUUUAUAUUUUUGAUGCCAAAUGUCUUUAAAAUGCAUGAAACGUCGAAAUUUGACGAAAUCUCGAAAAAAAAAUUGACAAAGAUUGAUUUUCUGCAUUUUGGCAAAUUUUUACCUUUACCUUUCUCAUAUAGAAUGGUUAUGCAAUCACUCUGAAAAUCGUCAAACUAAUUUUCUUUCGACUGACAUAGGAUUUAUGGAUUUUACAGGAGCGAAGCUAGGGAAGUAAGGAGGACAUCAGGUCCGUGGCUGGCGAGCGUGUGUAUCAGGAAUCAGAAUAUAUUGGCUCAAAUGGCACGUUCCCCUUACAUAGUCGGGGAUUUGUGCCUUGCCGUGUGUUUUCAUCAUUUCCUGAGCGGAAGGAAAGGACAAGGAGGUGUGGGGAAGUAGAAUUGGAAGGGUGGGAAAAAUAACAGCACAAAACAAAAAUAAACAACAAGUAAGUUAAACUCACAAGUAGUUCAACUUGCCUGCGAAUAAGCCUAAAGCUCUUUACCACAUUGGAUACGAAAAUUUAGUAUGUCUCUGAGUUUCAGUCGUCCAAACAUGGUUUCGUCUAUAUAAGGACGGCUGAAGACUCGAAAUCGCAAUUGCGCUACCGCUGGACAGUUGCAUAUCAGAUGAUAUGAGGUUCCGUAGUUGGAUUCACAAAGAUCACAUGAAAAAGACUCAGCGCGCUGAAUAGUUGCCAUGUGAUAAUUGAGUUUGCAGUGGCCGGUUAAAGCCGUGGUCAGCAUGCCGCAGUGGAGCUUCGAAAAAUGUAAGAGAUUUUUCGAAACCACUGGACAUGGUUGUUCUAGAAACGCCUUUGUUUGGCGACACGUUUGUAGAUUUCUCCAAUAAUUGCGGUGCUCGGACGAAGCCCAGGACCGUAUUUCUUCCCUUAUCCAACUUGUCGAAAUUGGCAGCGCGGGCUCAGGACCAACAAAGUCAAUCGCUGAACCUGCCCUGGCCAAUUCGCCAGCCCAUUCAUUUCCAGUAAUACCGCAAUGUCCGGGCACUCAGACAAGGUAGAUAGUGUUGACAAUGCUUAGUUCUUCGAUUUGGGUUCGGCACGCGAUCACUAGCUUGGACCGGGAUUUGUCUGAGCUAAGGGCCCUAAUUGCAGCCUGACUAACGGAGCAGAAAUUUAUAACUCUGCCGGACAAACUCAGUUGAAGGGCCGAUUGUACCCCGCACAUAAUUGCAAAGAUUUCUGCUUGGAAUACAGUACAGUAUCUACCUAGUGAGUGAGAUUGUUCCAAUCUCAUUUCACGACAGUAGACACCAACACCAGCACGUCCCUCCAUCAGAGAACCGUCAGUGUAACAGACCACUUGCGUUUGUUGUUGUCUUUGCAUAAAGCCAGACAACCACUCCUCUCGAGAGGGAAUCUUCAUAUGGAAUGUCCUGUAAGGAAAACUACAUGUGAGUGUAAUAUCGCUGGGAGCAAGAAUACCUUCACCCCAUGUAACCAUUUGUGACCACAAUCGUGUAUGACUGGUAGCAAGAUCAACAUAAUUACUGUUCCAAAGCCAUGUAGGUGCAAAGUGUAUUAAGAAUGUAAUAGACAUUUCCACAAUUAUGGAGUCAUAGCUUGAAGAAAUGAGAACGACACAAAUGCACCGCUAGGUGGAUUAAAGCAGGUUUUUAUUAACGACAUAGAGUGAGUCAAUCUUUUUUCCUUUUUUAUAAUGUAACGAAAUUUAAUUAGCAAGGGACUGGAAGGUGUGAAAUAUAUUUCAAUAUUAAGAGCUCAGGCCCGUGCGCAAGGGGAGGGUUUUGGGGGCUCAAACCCCUCCCAUGAGAGUUUUGAAUUACUUUUGAGAAUUUCUGAUCUUCCUAAUCUGGAACAACAAAAAUACUGUGAGCUGUUUUGUUACACAAAAUGUCAUUUGAGUUCGAUCAUUCUAGUAACGAAUUUUUGAUGAAACCCUGCGAGGGGGCUGUAAAACGAUGCAAGUCAAGUUGGUCGACAUCGCUGGAUCGUUUCACGUCUCGGCAUGUUUCGAUAUUAACAACAGUUGUAAGUAGAUCAGUUACACAGCAAAGGUCGGACAGCGAGCUAGCAACAGCAGCUAAGGAGGAAUAAUAACGAGUGAACAACACAAACUCGGAGAAAAUCAGAAUAUCAUUGCCUAGUGAAAUUCCACCAGGGGUGCUGAGAGCUAAAAAGUUCACGAAAACGGGCAUCGGUAUCCGGAGAAAUUCGGCCAUCGGGAAACUCUCAGCACCAGCUAGUAGAUAAAUAGGAACGAGUAUCGCCAAAAAGAAUAACAAACCCUGCGAAGGUGGCUUUCAAGAGAUGUGAGUAGUUAUAUUCGGCAUCUCUAGAUUGGAUCGGGUCACGGCAGGUAACGAUAUUUGCAGCUGACCUGAGUUAUACCACGAAAGGAGGACAGCAAGCAAGAAACAGCCUAAAUGGGAAAACACGAACGAUUAACACAAAAUGAAAAGGAGCCAGAGUGCAAUCCCUCCUGCAGUAAUACUUAAUGGUGGCCCUGGAAGGAUAAGGAGUGGGAGAAACAAGAUGUUUAGGUUUAGUCAGUAGGCUUAGUACAAACCACCACAGUAUGAAUCCGGCACUACCAUGAUCUAGCAGGGGGGCGGUGGUGCCUGAUCAAGAUAACAGAUAUUGUCUCAAUUUGUUGAGCCGAGUCGACACAAGACUCAGCCUUUCGGGCCUCAGAAAAAAUCGUGAACGUUUGAGGGUUUCUAUACCCUCCUUAUAAAAGAAAUGAAAAUAAUCAAAACCCCUCCGUUGAGAAUUUUCAGCGCACGGGCCUGAGAGUACUCAAGAAAGAGCAAGAAUUUGAAGCAAGAAAGUUUACAAAAGCGUGGAGUAGGGUCAUAUAAGUAAACUUAGAGUCUCCCGGCUACUUAACUCUUUGUCGCAGAAGUCAGGAUCUUUUGACAUUAAAUACGAAUCACUUGAGUCUGCGGCAUGUCUGGACAAGCGUAAAGUCACUUUAAUGACUAUUAUGCUGUCGGAACCGAAAGAGCUUAAAGUUUGUAUGGGAUUUUUAGUCAAAAUGUAUGGGGAAACACUUGCAGUUAACAAAAUCGCCAUUACAUGGCGCUGCAAACUUCCGAACACGUUCCUAGAAAAGAGUUAAGCAUUUGAAGAUAUGCCGAACAAGUUUGUCGAAGACUGCAGGACAAUCCAACCAACCGUUAAAGAGUUAUUGACGUUUAAAGUUGGAUAAAGGGCGAACACGAAAUUAUUGCGACACCGAAAAUGUCAUGCCAAUUUUCUUAUAAUGUUUAAAAUCAAACCAAAAUUUUAGGGUAGUUUUAUACAUAUAUUUACUUCAAAAAUCAAAAGAAAAGUUAAUCGAUGGAGCCUUGAGUGUAAAAUUGAACGCAUUUUCGCUUGAUGCCCUCCAUCAAAGUCUUUACAGUGUCAUCCGGUACCAGUUUCUCAGUUUUUUUUUUCAUUUUCUUAACAUGUCCUUUUCGUCUUUGACUGUCUUCUUGCUCUUCCGAAGUUCCCGCUUCAUCAUUGCCCAGUACUGCUUUACCGGUCGCAGCUCCGGACAGUUUGGACAUGAAUCCUCCUUUGGAACAAAAUGGACAGAAUUGGCCUUUUAUAUACGUUUCGUCGUCCAUCACACAGCAGCCAUAUUUUGUCAGCAUCUUCUCGUAGAGCUUCCGUGCCCGAGUUUUAGCCGUCGAUUGUUGCCGCUCAUCGCGGUUUGUGAAGUUCUGUACCUUGUAUGUAUGUAGUCCAGGUCUCUUCUUUGCAUUCUGGACGUAGCUCUGUGACAUGCCGAUCUUUUUAGCCAAAUCACGGCUUGAGACGUUGGGAUUAGCUUUAAUCGUCCGCUUCACCUUUCCCUCCGUCUAUUUGUUCUCCGGUCCCGGUUUUCUUCCAGCUCCUUUGCCGUGGUCCAACGUCAACCGCUCCUGGAACCGCUUCAACACUCUGGAGACGGUUGAAUGGCGAAUGUUCAACAUUUUUCCCAACUGCCGGUGCGACAGGUCAGGAAAUUCCAGGUGUUUGGAAAGAAUUUGUUCUCUCGACUUGCGUUGGUUCACCUCCAUUUUCGUUGAAUCGAAAAACUCGACUUCGAGUUUGACAGCAUGUAAACAAUACACAUCAAUGAGAAAGUGUGGAAAAUUUGAUUAAUUUUUACCCAAUGGUAAAAAAGUUAUGCCCUGUUGAAUGUGUCGCAAUAAUUUCGUGUUCGCCCUUUACUAACAUUCGCAAAGCGCGUACUCCGCUCAGAGCCUAAAAAAUGGACAUUUCUGCGUGAACUUGAAAGAAAACGAAAUUAAAUUCAUGCCCGCUGCGAUGAAUGAAAUGUUUGGUUUGUUUCCCUUCUCAUUCGUUCUCCCGACGCAGCGCAUUCAGGUUCGGACGUGUUUGGUUUCAGUAGCAAAAUGAGUUUUGGUUUUAUUCUGGCUCUGAGAGGGAUUAUUGAGCAAAAGUGCAUCAGAUAUAGAUUAUGCAGUUCACUUAUGCUCGAAAAUGUAGAAGAUGCCAACUUUUGCCUUCAAACUGUCGACAUAAUAACAAAUGAAUGCUUUGGUUGGUGAAUGAAUUUAUAUUUCCUCUGCACUCAAGCAUUCGAUUCUGCAUGAAAUUUCAGUCAGUUGGAAAGUGAAUGAAUGAGGGAGGCGUUGAAUCUUAAUGUCAGUUUCGGUAAAUGCAAGCAGAAUUAGGUAACUGAUUCUGCAAUUUCGUGGCUCUGACUCCGCUUAUCUCGUGUAUGUGAACCACGCGUAAAGAUGGGACAAAGUUAGAAAAAACUCAUAUAUCUCUGAAACGAUGAGAGAUAGAAAGUUAUGAUGUUCCACAAUGUUGUAGAGGAAUAAAAGGACUAUUUGUUUUCACUUGAAAGAUUCGGAAUUUUUCCGCAUAGUGGCGGUAGUGAACCAAGCAAAGUUAAAGGGAAUACUCCUAUCAGUACAACGGUAAAAAUAGAAUUUUUGCCGCGUGGUGGUGCUAACAGCAAAACAUUCAUUUAUUAUCACGCCAAGGCCUACACGACGAGAAUGAAUAUAUUUUGAUAAACCUUUUGAAUGUUUCCUAAUUUUACCGCUCAAUGGCUUCAGAAGAAGCAUACCCAAUGCGCUGUGAACCCAGUUGGACUGGCAUUGGGUGCACAUCGUUGAUAUUUUGGUGAUAGGUGGGCGCUACUAGGGUCACUCAAAUGCCGAUUUGUGACUUUUUCAUCAUAUCUGGUGUCAUAUAUUCUGUCACAUGACGCGGACUACGGGACUUAAGUAAUGUAUUCCGCUAGAACUCAUUGAUUGAAGAAUUCGACUAUAACGUACAUCUUAAUUUCGGCUAAGCAGUCUCAUAUGGAUUAAAACGAAUUACGUUAUAAUUACUCCAACGUUUCGAUGCAGGAUUCGUAUCAUCUUCAGGGGUCAAAUCUACUCAUUCGUUCCUUGUGAAGUGGCUUUUCUAAGCAUACAGUCUUUUCAAAAAGGAGUGGUGGAUGGUACAUAAGCUAUAAAAGUUCAAUAUGAUUAACGAUUUUAUCAACAACAUUAAAUUGAAAUUCGAAAAGACUUUUAAAAAAUUCGAUGUUUACUUUAGCCUAAAACAAAAUGAUCAAUCCCGAAUUGAAGAUUAGUAAAUUAUUACUGUCGUUCCAACCUGCCCCUGUGCAUGUAGUUCUAUUUGCCCCAAUUGGUGUCAAAAUAAGGGGUACAGCAGAUACUUCAUUUUUACUACACUUGAUUGUUUGACGUACAAGUUUUUAGUAAUAAUCUGCAAUCGUAACAUUUUUCGAUCGAUUGCUCGAUGCUUAGGAAAAAAGAGGUUUUUGAACGACGAGAAAUAAACAAAAGUGCGAAAAUCGUUGAAAUGCUUCAAACUACCGCUUGUGGUAUUCAAAAGGUUCGUUUAAGGAAGCUUUUUGCUGGAAAAAAUAAUCUCGGCGAUUGCUCUUCUGCAGUGAAGGUUCACAAACGAAAGCAAUGAAAUUGAAAGCCGGACAGAUAUUCUAAAGCGAGUCAGUUAUAAACUUAAAACGGAAAAUUAGGACUAGGCAGGCUCAUAUGGAUAUGUGAAGAAUCCUUUGCCUGAGUUGGGCGUUACAACCAAGUCUACCGCCGACGCCGGCGUUUCUCGGAUCUCUAUGAAAAUUUGGAAGAAUAUUCUCAAAGUUGUACUUUCAGAUAAAGUAAUAAAAAAAAUUGAUUUUUGAAAAAUAAAAAGGUAUGCAACUUCUUUAGGCACGAUCAUAUUACCUUUCGUUUGAGCACUAAAAGUUAUUAAUAUUAUCCGUAGGGCUGAAGUCAUUGCGAUUGGUCUUGGUCUUGGAUUCCGAGGGAGCAGUGCGAUCAGGGACAGCUUCAGUUAACGAUGAAGAAUAAAAUUUAGGUAUAUUUAUAGUCUUCUUGAAAUAAUAUUAAAAACUAAUAAAACGCAUCAAUCUGGACUGUCUUCGACUAUCUUUUACAUGCAAUUAAACUAGUGUAAAGAUUCUAGGAGAAUUGCAUUAUGCAUCGGAAGAUAAAUAUUGAGCAGCUUCUAGCACUGCUAGAGAAGCGAGAUAUCAAAUCAAAAUUGUUGUGUUUGUGAACCCUGCACUUUCAAGAAAAAAUAAUUUUGAGUCAUUAGAAAAAAGUUACAUGAAUUGGUUUUGUUUUACAGUUAUAUUCAAUUUGAUUGAUAACCUUGCAAAAAGUAUAAGUUGUGCUUAUAUUGUUGAACUCAAAAUUAAACAUUUCUCGUGAGGAAAUGAACCGGUCUGAAAAACUCACUAAUAAGGUGAUAGAACACAUUCUGUCGAGUCAGAAAAUAUCCAUCUAUCAAAGUACGCUAAAUAUGUAGAAUGAAUCGCUAAAAUCCAUCACAAAUCAGCUAACUUCCUAGUUACUGAUUUUACCAGCUAAUUCACUCUCGUCAUUUGAUCUCAUAAAUUAAUACAAAAUGAGGACCACCCCAUCUGCAAAUCGAAAUUUAGUUAGACUAUUUGACGUACACCCAACCACCCGACACAUUAUAAUAAAUUACCACUUUAGUACAUAUUCGUUAUCUAUGCGUUACAUGUUAGCUGAAAAUAUGUACAUUUGUAAACAAAACUACCAGAAAUCAACGAGAGAACAGUUGGCGUUGCUCUUAUCACCCAUACCUAACCGAUUCAAUGUGCCACGCAACAGCAGCGCUAGUGGUUCUGAAAUAAACCGAAAACGAGACACUGAACGUUCAUUCGAACCCCACCCCCACCCACGACAGCACACCCACACCCACUAGCAGUAAAAUGAACAAAACCUAUUUAUUCGCCUACUUCCACUCUCCUCUCACCUUGCCUACUCUAUCGGGCGCUCCUUCGCGGUUGCAUUGUUUGACACAAACACCCACCCACACACACACUCAGCACAAAUCGCUGAUAUCUGUCAGCAAACGUGACAGAGAGAAAUGAAUUAAUUAUCUGUACCGCUACCGAAACUAUUAUGAUUAUUAUUGAAUUAAUUGAAAUGUGUAAUUUUAAUCUCCUUAUCACGGGAACUGCAUAUACUGUGCGUAUACGGCACCGUUUUGAAUCCCGGGUGUUGCUUAACAAUAAGUGCUACAACUGUGGGCAAACAAAUGGACAUAACUCUGGUUCAGGAACGUGUAAAAAGUGCUUUUCGUCGACUCGCAAGUAUAAAUAUUGUAUCGAAAAGGGAUAGCAUACCAGGGCUAUAACGUCGAACGGGACGAAUUGAGAAAGAGUAUUGAGGAAAACGUAGUUAUUUAUAUACUAAAAAUAAUCCUACAAAUUAUACAGAAUUAAAUAAAAUCAAUGAGUAGUAGAACUGUUAUAA